CAGGUUUUCCUCCGCUCUCUUCCUAUUGUUUCAUUCCGUUUGCAGGGUUUCUCGGCACGAAUCAGCCAUGACGGUCAAGCUCUCCAAGUCCGAGAAGAAGGUGGAGUACGACAAGAAGCUAUGUCGUCUUCUGGACGAGUACAGCCAGGUGCUGAUCGCGGCGGCGGACAACGUGGGUUCGAAUCAGCUUCAGAAUAUCCGGAAGGGGCUCCGGGGGGAUUCGAUUGUCCUCAUGGGCAAGAACACGAUGAUCCGGCGCUGCAUCAAGGUGCACGCCCAGAAGACCGGCAACAAGGAGUGCCUCAAUCUCCUUCCCUUGCUCGUGGGGAAUGUGGGAUUAAUUUUCACGAAGGGAGAUCUGAAGGAGGUUAGGGAGGAAGUGGCAAAAUACAAGGUUGGAGCUCCUGCCCGUGUCGGACUUGUUGCUCCGAUCGAUGUUGUGGUUCCCCCUGGAAACACUGGAUUGGACCCAUCACAGACCUCCUUCUUUCAGGUGCUCAACAUUCCAACCAAGAUCAACAAGGGUACUGUUGAAAUUGUUACCCCUGUUGAGCUGAUCAAGAAAGGAGACAAGGUUGGCUCUUCUGAGGCUGCCCUUCUUGCCAAGCUUGGCAUAAGACCAUUCUCCUAUGGUCUCGUCAUCCAGUCAGUGUAUGACAAUGGUUCAGUCUUCAGUCCUGAGGUCUUGGAUCUCACUGAGGAUGAUUUGAUCGAGAAGUUCGCAGCAGGUGUUUCUAUGGUCACUUCGCUGUCCCUGGCCCUUUCCUACCCUACUGUAGCAGCAGCACCCCACAUGUUCAUCAAUGCCUACAAGAAUGUUUUGGCAGUUGCAAUUGCAACUGAGUAUACUUUCCCACAGGCCAAGAAGUUGAAGGAGUUUUUGGAGGAUCCUAGCAAGUUUGCCGUCCUAGCUCCUGUUGCAGCUGCUGAAGCUGCUGCGACACCUGCCGCAGCAGCCAAGGAAGAAGAAAAGAAAGAGGAGCCUGCUGAGGAAUCGGAUGACGACUUGGGGUUUUCAUUAUUCGACUAGGAAUAUUUAGAACAAAAAAAAAAAAAAUAGAUCGCUUCAUAAUUUUGCUUUGGUAGACUGGUUUCUGACCAGAAGUUUUGGAUGGUAGUUGCUUUUUUAUGUCCUGUCACUUUUGGAUUGUUAUAUCGUGCACUAUAUUUUUUUUAAUGAUAUAUUUUAAGUAUUCUAUUUGGUUAA